AUGACUAAUGUAGAGCUUGAAGGCUUGGUGUAUUUGUGUUUCUUUGACGACGGAUCUUGGUUUCAGGUAGAGUUUGGUUUCAAUUCUUUCUAUUCUGUGUUGCGUAGUUACUAGUAAUGGUUGCAUGUACUCUAACGACCUUAAUGGUUCAGGUCAGAGCCCAUUGGAUCUUUUCAAGAUUGACGAAACAAUAUAAGCUUUAUGUACAUGUCCCUCUGUAAUUCCCCGUUCCUCGAUAAGUAGCGUGAAUUUGGAUCUCGAUAGCCACUGCACUUGCUAUUUAAAUGAGAGAUUGUAGGUUAUCUUCUUCUCUCAAUAUUACACUGAAGACUGACGACUCCAACUCUCUCAAUUAACCCUCCCCUCCCCCAUGGAGCAACGAGGCAGUUUCCAUGCUUAAUAAUAAUAGCCUUUAUUUGGCAUAAAAAUAUGCACGGAUAUUUGUUUGCCAAUGUUAUCGGUUCUGAGAUGUGUGCUUUGAGAAACAGAGAGUGUAAAAAGACAAAUACACAAGUAUAUUUCUGUGCCAAAUAUAGGCUCUUCUUUUCCUUCAAAUAUUUUUGAAGCACAUGCGAAAAAUGUUUAUGAACAACUAACUGUUUUCUGCAUGGGAUGUUAACCUUUUUAGUGUUUUGUGGUAUGACUUCAUGAACAAACAAACACAUCCCAUCUUCUGUAACAGUAGCUAAAUGCUCUUUCAUCUUGAGUUAAAUUUUAAACACAAGAUGCUUUAUCAUAAGAGAUGUAUUGUUUGAAAAUUGGGGUGUAUCCUUGGAUAUUUCCCAGUUUUAGCUGGGUUAUGUUCAAUCACAUUAUGCAUUAAACUAAUUGUGUGCAAGGAAAAAUAUUUGAUGAAUUAUGAGUUUGUCAAUUAAACAUAGUAAAACUUCUCUAAGUGGUAGAUUAAAAGAUAACCUGUAUUGAAAUUUUGAAGCAGCCCAUUUAGCUGUAUGAUAUAAAGAGGUUGAAUCAGUUAUGGGAUAUGAAACUUUACCAUUGUUGGGUGCACUGACAGUGUUACUUUGUAAACAUGACAUAAAUGUGUAUCUUUUCAGUGAUAAUGAUUGCAAUUUUGAAUGUGUAUUGCACUUGUAAGAGUAAAUGUCAUCUGUAUGAGAUCAUCUGAAAACUUUAGUAAGGUUAAUAGGCUUUGUGGUUAGGGAUGAGCUUUUUAAAUUUUCGCUAAAAAUUUCAAGAAUAGCUACAAUCAGUCAAUAGACUAUGGUGUAUCAUAAACCUGUGCUGAUUUUGCUGAUCUCAGGGUACGCUGCUAACCAGGGAUAAAAAACAGUAUGGAGUUAUGGGUGAAGGUAAGCAAUUAAAAAUUAAGAAAUCAUGAAGCCCUGAGCAAGUUGUCCAAUAAAAGAUUUUACCCAAUACAGAAGUACCAGUUUUAUAAAAAUCACGAGGUCAAAAUUAAUGUUUACCAAUAUUAUUUUUAUCCUAUUUUUUGUCCAGCAUGGUACAUUGAAGGCCUUUACAUUUAUCCAGCAUUUUCUUUUUGAUCCUGUGCUGUGCCUACAGGCCUGACUUUAUGACAGAUAAACUAAAGAUAGCCCACUCUUUACGUCCUUGCAAGUUUUUGUUUAAAUGAGGCCAUUACACAUUAUAAGUUAGACAGCUUAGGAAUUUCUAAACCUUUUAACCUGAAAUCAGGACCGUAAUAACUAUGUAACAUAGCAACUUAAAUUAUGGUGUUUUUUUUUCAGCUAAUGACAUGGAAACCACCAUGCAACACUCAAACUUCACCAUUCAAGCUUUGAUAGACAUGAACUUCAAAAAUUUUUGAAAUUUUAUUGAGACUAUAAUUCUCAAUAGUUUAAGAAGUUAUUGAUUUUUUUGACAAAGUGGAGGGUUUAAGCGAAUUCAGUGCCAAGCACUUCAUUUGAUAUUCACCAAUUAAUAUCCAAUUCAUGUUCAUGCAAAUAGCAGUUAUUAGCUGCCGUUAUUUCUGUUAUAAUUCUCUCAGGCUGCAGGUAUUUGUCACUCCCACUUUGUGAGAGCAACAUAUUAUAAUUUCUCAGCCUGUCAGGCUGUUGAUGUGGUUAGCUUAUGAAAUUAUGAUUAAGCAAUCUUCAUUUUAUAUUUGUUUUUAUAUCAAUGUAUUUUACUUUUAUUUAUUUGAUAUGUAAUGAAAUUAAUUCUCAACAGCUUGUGGCCCACCAGAGGAAGGGUUUGCUGAAUGCUGUUUUGAAGAAGAACCAUUAUUUUACAUGAUUACCAUUAUUGACCGACAAGAUGAUGAAGAAAUGGUGCGUCAGAAUUAAUUGCUUUCACAUAUCAUCCUGUUAAAAUCAGUGGUAGGGAUCUUUUGGAAGAACAACUACAUUGAGAAAAGUGUUAUACAAUAUUCAAGUGUUACUGGUCCAGUAAUCAGUGCUAAACUCUGGAGCAAAAGUGUCAGUUUGAUCCUGGUCUUGCAUCACCAUUCUCUAAAGUGAAAUCUACCUUAACCCUUUAACUCCUGUGAGUGACCAAGACAGAAUUUCUCCUUACAAUAGCUAUAUACUAUACAUAUAUACACUAUAUGAAGCAAACAAGUGAUGAAAUUAAAGAAAAAUCUUAAUGAAUGGAUUAUUAGUUGAUCCAAUACCAAAUUCUCUAAACUAACAUCACAAGAACUGUAUGGCAGACAGUAAGGAGAAUUACAGAUGAAAACUUGGGAGUUAAAGGGCUAAGUAAAUUACAGGAUGACUCUUAUUAAUAUUGUAUCUACUUAAGGUGGCUUAAAAUUUUAUUUUUGCUUUUUAACUCCCUUUUUUCCAUGGAUUAUUAUUUUCACACUUUUUUAUAUGUUUCCUUGAAAUUGGUAAAUUCAGUAAAUUGGUGAUUCAGUAACCAUUUUUAGCUACCUAAGGUUUUGUAAAUUGCACAACAGUGGUUUAAAACCCAAAUAGGAUAGAGUGAAUGAUCAACAAGCUUACAACAGAAUGACCCUGAGCUAUUGGUCAGAGUAAGUGUAAUACUAAUAAAAGUAAGAGAUCUGUAAUCUUAACUGUGGUUAAAUACAAAGAAAUCUCAAGCUCUCAGUAAAAGUCCCCCCCUUAAUGGGGGUUCUCAUCAUACAGGCUUCAUCAUAUUCAGUGCAAGACAUGUAACUGUUACAAGUGUAACCAUUACAGCAUCAAAAAAGGUUGCUGUGGAUAUGCCUUAUGUAUCAAAAUACCUUCAGAAUCAGCAGCAUGGAACUGGCAUUAUAUGUGAUUAACAAUACUGUGAAAUGUGUAAUUCCCCAAGAAUUGGACUAAUAUGCACAGCCAUAGGCAGUCAAACUGGAGGCAUGCUACACAGUUCUAAAUGCACUGAAGGUUUUGAAUUUAGUACUAAUGGCCUAAUCAUGAAACAACUAGCUGAUAUACUGUCUACUAGUUCUUAAUUUGGCCCUAGUGCAGACUUAGCUAAAUACGACUAUUUCUUGUAUAUUGAUACAUAUUCAAUCAAUCACAGGUGUUUAAACAUGUUAUGAAGACUGGUGGUGACAACUGUACAUUAACAUCAAAUGAAAUUGACUUUGAAACUGAAGAACUUUUAGUUGGAAGCAAGGUACGCUUAGUGGUGAAUGAGAACGUUAUUAUUCAGUUUGUCACUGCAUGUGUUACUUAAUUACAAUCGACAAAAUUCUGUUUUCAGUAUUUUGCUGUUUUGCAAUCAUUAACUUCUUAAACGAUCAAUAUGUUUGGUUACAAACUAAAUUGAAAGCCUAAAGGUCAGCUAUAUCACAUAGUUUGACUAGUUUGUCCAUCUCUGAUAUUUUAGAUUAAGCUAGCUUUUGUGUGGGACAUCAGCUACUCUUGUUAAUUUUCUAUCCCAUUUCAGCCUUAUUUUUCUUUUCUGAUAACCAUCAGAUGCAAAUUUUGCAUGUAAUUUUACAUUUUAUUUUAAGAAAACGGGAAAUAUUUUCGAUUUUACGUUGUUGUGCGUUUGCUGAAGUGUGCUUUCAAACAGUUAAUUUUUUUAAAGUUGAUAACGUUGGUAACCUCAAUUACAUAGGCCUGUGACUCCUGACAAGGAUUUUACCGUUUGAUAGGAAUUUAAAUACGAACAGUCUGUCAACUUGACGCUCCUUUAUUACAAAUGCUUGUAUACACGCGACCAACUUGUAUACCGACCCGUAUGCGAGUUGACUUGUAGGUGAAAAUGACUUGUAGGUGAGAUAACUUGUGGGCGAGGGUGGACCAACCAAACCGUAGUUUACCGCGGUUUCUGUAUCAUGAUGCAAGUGCAAACAUUGCUUGAAUCCUCAUUGAUAGGGGCUAACUCGUGACAGAUUAACUCUCCGCUAUUUUGACCUUUUCUAAUGGAGGAAGAGCUACUUUUGCUGUAUACAUGGGUCCAAGGGCAGGAAAGGGAUUAAUUGCACGAGGAUUUUCGAAGUUCUCAAAAAAUUGCCCUAAGGCAAUUUGUAGAACUGUGAGGUGAAAUUAAUCUUUAAUUGCACGAGGACGUUUUCAAUUACUUGUUUAUCACCUGUAAAGCAUAGAGGGCACUAUGUUACAGAUCAGUAACAGUUCAGCUGUGUUCUCAAGAAUUACUAAUUCCAGUCUAAUCACUUCCUUUCUUUGAACCUUGUUACUCUAACCGCCGCGUUACACGAUGAAUGUCGUAAAUCACAUUCAAGGUGUUUGCCUUGAUCAUGAAUGGAUUCUUUCUUAAAAACCUGCUUUGAAUUAAUCCCUCUUUGACUUUCUCCGUGUGUUCCUUUGUUUUACAGGCAAGUAAUCACGUGAACAAAUACUGCCGGUCAGAGCUGAAAGGAAAGGAGAGCAUUGUUUGUUCUGGUCACAUGACAAUACAUCGUAAUGUUGAGCAAGACUAA